CAACAUUAAACCUCUGGCAACAUUAAAGUCGUGCUUCAUAGUUUCAAAACAAGACGCUUUCUUAUUUAACUUAAAUAAUAUAGAAUAAAAUGCCUAAAGCUACAAAAUUACACGUUAAAGGCAAGUCUAAUUCAAUACAGAAACCAUGUAAAGUCGACAGGGAUAAAACAGAAGCUGCAGACACUGACGAAUCCAUGAGGCAAUUUCAGUUGGAGCUGUGUUGGUGUAUUCAGCAGUUAGAGCGAUCUUUAGCCGAUAAAAAAGGAAAUGAUAAACAAAUGCAAGAAGCAUGGAAAGUUUUAACAGUAUUAAAGAAUAAUAAUCAGCCAAUAAUAAGGAAAAGACAACUAAUGCGAACUCAUUUUGGAGAUUAUAGAGCUAAAAUGGCUGCCGAAGAAAAAAAAUUGGCAAAGAUGGCAAGCAAAAUCAAGAUUUCUGAGGCACCAGAUAAACCAAAAGCAACAUUUCUAAGAAAAUCUGCAUUUUUAACUACAGGCAACAGUUCAUUUAGAUUCAAUUUCAAUUUAGCUUCAGAACAAAUUGACAACGCUGAUUCCACUGUCGAUUUAAAUAAUAGCAACACUGUAGUAAAAGAUAAUAACACGGAAGAUACUAGUAGUGUUGCUAUUACGGAAAACAUUGAUGACGAUAAAGAUGAUAACUCCAUCAAAAUUAAAGAAGACAAGUCAAAUAAUUUCAAAUUCUCUUUUUCCGAUUCUGAAUUUAAGUUUAACUUUAAUAUAAACGAUUCUUAGUUGUAAGGAUAGAUUUUUUUUAUAAAUUACUGUUUUAUGAAAUAAAACUAAUUUGUUCAAAUAAA